AUGCAUCAACCGCAACCCAACUCAGCCAUAGCCCCCAACGCGCCGCCUCAAAUCAGCGUGAACGGAACCCAAGUGCUAGUGGUGGAGAACUUCCCGUACCUGGGUAGUACUCUCUCCCGCAACACCAAGAUCGAUGUCGAAGUCGCCAACAGGAUCUCGAAAGCCAGUCAAGCCUUCGGUCGUCUCCAAAGCACAGUCUGGAAUCGUCACGGUCUCCAAUUGAGAACGGAGCUGAAGAUGUACAAGGCCGUCAUCCUGCCGACGCUGCUGUACGGAGCGGAGACUUGGACGGUGUACACGAGGCAGGCACGCCGACUGAACCACUUCCACCUCAGUUGUCUUCGUCGCAUCUUGAGGCUAAACUGGCAGGAUCGAAUCCCCGACACUGGUUUAGUGGAACGGACGGGAAUCCUCAGCAUCUACACCAUACUGAGACAAAUGCAGCUGCGUUGGAGCGACCACCUGGUGCGCAUGGACGACGAGGGACUACCCAAACGAAUCUUCUACGGAGACGUCUCGACGGGUUGUUGCCGCCAAGGAGGCCAAAUUCGUCGAUACAAGGAUACCCUGAAUUAA